AUGCUGUGUCGAAUUAUUUCUAGCAGAACUACAAGUUGUAGUGCUUAUAAAUGUGCUACGUUUGCUACAAAAGCUUCAAAACCAGAAAUUCCCAAGAACCCAUUAGCGUCAGUGUACUCUGCUAAUAACCAGACCACUAACGGCACUGUUUAUGAUAGGAAGCCUUUUAAAUUAACACUUCAGGCAGGAAAGACAUACUCAUGGUGUCUCUGCGGCAAGUCAAAGUCCCAACCACUGUGUGAUGGAACACACAAAGAUAUUUAUCUUAAAAUAUCUCAAAAACCUAUCAGAUUCACCGUGGAGGAAACCAAAGAGUACUGGCUUUGCAAUUGUAAGCAAACUAAAAAUCGGCCAUUCUGUGAUGGAACACAUAAACAGAAGCAAAUACAAGAGUCUACUACUGUGAGAGUUUAA